CUACCUUGCUCAUCUCUAGAUAACGAGUGUUUGAUCCUGGUCAAAAGCCGACAAAAAUGCCGUUCAACGACGAUGAGCCUCCGACGACGAAGCCUGGACCGACGAGGCAAGUGCAGCUCACCAAGUACCACAGCCCCAACGCACCCCUGCGCCCCAACGACCAGAAGGUGCUGCUCGAGCUCAAGGGCAUCUCCUUCGCCGCCUCCAGAGCUCCCCUGGACCUCGUCGCCGUAAUUGACGUCAGCGGCAGCAUGAAGGACGGGGGCAAGCUCGACAAAACGAAGAAAGCCUUCUCUUUCAUCAUCCACAAGCUUAGCGACAUCGACCGCCUCUGCGUCAUCACCUUCAAUAACGCUGCGACCAGGCUCUGUCCGCUGCGCUCCGUCACCGAGGCGGCCCGCACCGAGCUCGAGGCCCUCGUCCGCGGCCUCGAGGCUCGCGAAAGCACCAACAUCAAGGCAGGCCUCGAGACCGGCCUCAGCGUCGUCAACGAACGCAAUUUCACCGCCGGCCGCGCCGCCAGCAUCAUGCUCAUGUCCGACGGCAACGAGCCCGGCAGCAAGGCCGGGGAGGUCGAGCUCGGCAACGUGCCCGUCUACACCUUCGGCUUCGGCGAAGACCACGACUCCACAUUGCUGCGCGCGAUCGCAGAGAAGAGCCUGGGCGGGGUGUACAACUACGUCGAUGACAGCGACAAAUCCACCAACCACUCCGAGACCUUCUCCCAGAUCCUGGCCGGCCUCGUCACCAUCAUCGCCCAGGACCUCAAGCUCACCGUUACGCCGAUCCAGGGCGAGGCCACCAUUAAGAAGGUGCACGCCGGGACCUACCCCCUGGACACCGCCAGCGAUGGCUCCUCCUCCGUCAACGUCAGGUUCGGCAACCUCUACAGCGAAGAGGUGCGCCGGGUCAUCGUUGAACUCGCGCUCAGCGACCGCACCGCCCUCUGCCCUUACCGCGCCAACGUCGCCGAGGUCCAGUACAGAUUCACCAUUCAGGGCCAGCAGGUCACCUCCAACCCCGAGCGGAUCACCAUACAUCGCAGAAAGAAAGCGCCCGACCCGGCCGACGCGCCGCCGCAGGUGCAGACCGAGGUGGUCCGGCUGCAGCACGCGGCCUCGAUCAAGGAGGCGAUGGAGAAGGCCGACGGCCACAACCUGAAGGAAGCGCAGAACAUACUGCAGUUGGCGCUGAACAAACUGGUGGAGGCGCGGAAGAAACUGGUCGACCCGAUGUUGGACAUGCUCGAGAAGGAGCUGCGGAAGCUGUUGGAGCUCUUUAAGACGGAGGAGAUCUACAAAAAUCAGGGCCGCCUCUACGCCAUCACCUCGGUCGUCUCCCACGACCGCCAGCGCUUCGCCCCGAGGCCCUACGCAAACGGCGUCCGGCCCUACGCCACGCGACGCAUGGAUACCUAUCUCAAGCAGGUCCAGCAGCUCGACGAUAAACCGCCGCCGCCCGCCGACUACGACGCCCAGGAAGAGCCGGAGGUGCAAGACGCGGCCGGGGUGAGGAGGACGCUGUCGGUGACACUGCGACUGCUCACGGCGGUGCUCAGCCUUCUGGCCUUCUCGAUCAUGGCCAGCGCAAGGACGUCUCGGUGGGACGGCGACCACUACAGACGCUACGAGCCGUACAGGUACGCGGUCGGAGUGAAUGUGAUUGUCUGCUUCUACUCGGUGGCGCAAGCAUUCGUCGAGAUCCGCCGUCUGGUUUCGCCGAGGUUGCGGAGCACCUCAUGCUACUGCGUCACCCUCUUCCUCGACCAGGUGUUGGCUUAUCUCCUCAUGUCGGCAUCGUCGGCGGCCGCGUCUCGGAACCGUCUGUGGGUGUCGAGGUUCGGCAAGGAUGGGUUCAACGACAAGAUCAACGUCGCGGCGUGGUUUUCAUUCCUUGCGUUCUUUGCGCUGUCCGCCAACGCGCUCAUCUCCACGGCUAAUCUAUUCAGCAGGAUCUGA